AUGCCUGAAUCUACGAAUGAGAAAGUAGCUUCAGGUCGCUCUAAAUGCAGCACGAGGACCCGUCAUGCCGUCCAGUGCGUCACUAUGACCUCUCCUUAUUUCAGGCACAGCGGGUCUGUCCUUACGCGCGGGGGUGAUCGAACAGCUGCGAGCUCUCUCCGGUCCAAACUUACCAGCAGGCGCAGUAAUGUGGGUCCAGUUUCCUCUGUGGCUGUGAAGGUGGAGGAAGAGGAGGAGGCGAAGAUCGUUGAGCAAAGACCCUCCUCGGUCCCCUUACCAACGGGCCGCUGCCAACCUGAAAGAGAAACCUCACCAUCGUCUUCCCAGUCCCGCAGGAGGACACAGCUCAAAGUGGAAUAUGACACGGAUGAAGGUGCGGAACACUGGGAACCUCCCGGCUGGAGGAAACAAUGGGGACACAUUCGCGAGAUGAGGAGCGGCCGCGAUGCACCUGUAGAUCAAAUGGGAGCAGAGAAAUGCUACGACUCACAGGCUCCUGCACGUGUGAGACGUUUCCAGGUGUUGGUUUCCCUCAUGCUGUCCAGUCAGACUAAGGACCAGGUGACAGCGGCAGCCAUGAAGAAGCUCCGAGCUCACGGCUGCACCGUAGAAAAUAUACUCGCUACUGACGAUGAAGCCCUGGGAAAACUCAUCUACCCCGUCGGCUUCUGGAGGACUAAGGUGAAGUAUCUGAGGCGGACGUCGGCCGUGCUGCAGAAGGACUUUGCAGGGGACAUCCCGGACAGCGUGCAGGGGCUGAUCGGCCUGCCGGGAAUUGGACCCAAGAUGGCUCACUUGGCUAUGGACAUCGCCUGGGACCAGGUGUCCGGCAUCGGCGUGGACACACACGUGCACCGUAUCUCCAACCGCCUGGGCUGGCUCAAGAACCCCACCAAGAACGCAGAGGGAACACGCAAGGCCCUGGAGGAGUGGUUGCCCAGGGAGCUGUGGAGCGAGAUCAACUGGCUGCUCGUGGGUUUCGGUCAGCAGGUUUGUCUUCCGGUCAACCCUCUCUGCUCCGUGUGCCUGAACCAGUACAGCUGUCCAUCCGCCCACAAGACCUCUCCUACAAAGAGGCCUAAAACCGGAUCCCCUCUGGCUCCAAAUCCAACCUCCUCCGUCACAACAAAAACUGAACAACCCGCUCUUAAACAUGAGAGGACCAAGAAGGAGCCACUCGCCACUCAUGUUUCUCCCACAGCCCAGAGGAGGCUAAGAAAAUAAGGCUGUUAUAUAUAUAUAUAUAUGUUCAGGUAUAUUAAAGGUUCAGAUUUACAUAUUGUUUAGUAAUUUGAAGGCGUUUUACACUGUGCCUCUGCUGUCACAUAUAAUAAGAUUAAAUAUUUUUAUUACUGUUGGUGCUUUGUUUAGCUUUUUACUAUAUAAUACAAUAAAUGUUGAAGUCAUGUUUAAAAAA